AUGUUCAACCCGAACACGGCCAACUUCAACCCGAUGCAUCCGCGGAUGGAUCCGAUGAACGCGUCGCAGUUCGUCAAGUUCACCAAGCCGAAGGACUCGCUCUACACCCAGGGGGUCGUCCGCAAGUUUGCCUAUGUCUACGAUGAGGCGAUGAACAACCACAAGUGCGAAUACGAUCCCACCCAGUCGGACGUUCCCGAGCGUACCAAGCUCAUCCGUGAUCGUCUACAAGCCGAUGGAUUGUUGACGGAUGCGGUGAAAGUGGAGGCUCGCCCGGCCACCGAUGACGAGUUGGCCCUCGUGCACACCAAGGACUUCAUCAAGCAGAUCACGGCGCUCAGCACCCCGGACCAGUGCGAGAAGUUUUGCAAGGACAAGGAGCUGCUAUGGCUAUCCCCGGGCAGCGAGAAGGCCGCCCGACUGGCUGUUGGUGGCGUGCUCGAGCUCGUCAAGGCCAACCACGAGCAAAAGAUCGGCAACGCGUUCGCCAUCGUUCGCCCACAGGGCCACGCUGCCUGGGGUGAUCAGCCGCAAGCCAAUUGCAUCUACAACAAUGUGGCCAUCGCGGCCAGGUACGCCGUGCAGAAGCUCGGCAUGGAGAAGGUGGUGGUGCUCGAUCUCGAUGUGCAUGCCCCGGUCGGAACGUACAAUGCCCUUCGCGACACGGUCCAGGGCUCCAAGUCCAAGAUCGUUCUGUUCUCGGUCCACUCGUACUAUCACGGACUGUUCUGGCCGUUCACCCAGGACUACGACUGCGAUCCGAAGGAUGGGAAUGUCAUGUUCUUCCCGCUGAACGCGCCGCUGAACAGCGAGGGCGAGUAUAUGGCCAUCAUGAACCACGCUAUAUUGCCCGUGCUUCGUGAGAUCAAGCCGCAGAUGAUCCUCCUCUCGGCCGGCUUCGAUUCCGGUUAUGCUGACGCGAUGUUCGAGGGUGGCCAAGCCCUUCGUGCCCAUGGCUGGGGCCAUAUUUCCCGCGAUCUGCACGAGAUCUGCCCGGAUCGUGUGAUCGCUGUCCUGGAGGGCGGUAUCAUUCCCGCCAACAUCACCGAGUCGGCGUCGAUGCUCGUCAAGGGACUUCAGGGCAAGCCGACGCCCCGUGUCAUCCAUCCCGAGCGCCUGAACGGAUGCCUGGUCGAGUCGAUCUUCAGCUCGCUGCUGAACUGCCGUGAGCGCUGGCGUUGCUGCACCCGCCAACUGGAGAAGCUGCAACAGCAACAGGGCAAAUAUGGGUUCCCCGAAUUCGCCGUCCCCAGCCAGCGUCUCUUCUUGGCCCACGGCAUCCGCGAUAUGCUCGACGAUGUCAAGGCCGCAAACCUGAGCCUGACUCGCCUCUUCUCCGAGCCGGUCGACGCAAAAAUGAUGAAGAUGGGCGAGAUGGCCGUGGAGAGCUACCGCCGUGCCUAUCUGGAUAAGGAGAACGAGCUGGUCCCCGAGGCAUUCCUCAUCGAGCAGAUGCUGUACGACGAGAAGGCCAAGGCCGACUCGUACCUCAAGGCCGCCGGUAUCGUCAACGUCCUCUACCAGAGCUUCGCCGACUUCAAGUCGGGAAAACAAAACCGUUUCCUGUUCUGCGACCGGAGCACGCUGCUGGCCAAGCGCAACCUGCACAAGUAUCUCGAGAUCACCCGCAUC